AUGAACCUUGACACGCUGACGGUAUUUGGCCCUGCAAUUCCUUGCUGGUCUCAUGGAGACUUGGAUCUCUUUAUCAAGUACGGCAGAGGAUGGAAAGAGCUUCGCUACAUAACACAUACCUCGGCUUUCGUCGACACAAUAUCCUCCCGCAGCGGAAAGACAAUCACAAUGCCUAGCGAACCGCAACCUGCAGCCUGGCAGCGUGAUCUUGAGAACCGCGAUGGCCCAAACUCCGGAGCUUCUGUUACCACGUACAAGUCGCAGAACCCAAAACCCCGUGUCUGUUACGUGGCCAACUAUGCGGACGGAGUUGUCAUAUCCUCCAACUCCAACAACGGGUGUCGAUUAUUCGGGCGCAGACGGGAUUUCCCCAAGCCUAGAUUGGAAGAGGACAAAAGAGUCAUCUUAAUCGUGGUAAAGCGUGGCAAAAUGCAGAUUGGCAAGAAUUGUAGAGAGCAGAUGACCAGGAGGAUCAGGAGUCUUUAG